GAUAUGCUCGCAGAGGCUCUUUUAUGUUUUGGAGCUAGUUCAACUACUGUGGAGGAAGAAGAAAGCAGUAAGAGAAGUGACGAGAUAAUCAUCACUUCCAUCUUUUCUGUAUGCAAAGAUGUGAAAGAAUGCAUUUCACUUGCUGGUGAUUCCAUAGGGUUGCAAAACGUACCUAGUUUUGAAGUUUCGAUGCAUGACCACCUUGACUGGAUAAAAGCUACACAGGAAUCGUUUCAUCCUGUGGAAGUUUCUGAUGGACUCUGGGUGGUGCCUGAAUGGAUGACUCCUCCAGAUCUUCAAGCAACAAAUAUAAUUCUAAAUCCUGGAUUGGCGUUUGGAACUGGGGAGCACCCAACAACUAAGUUAUGUCUCCUCCUGCUGCGUUAUUUGAUAAGAGGAGGAGAACACUUCUUGGACUAUGGAACUGGUUCGGGCGUUUUAGCAAUUGCAGCUCUUAAGUUUGGUGCAGCUUUUUCAGUUGGUUUUGAUAUAGAUCCCCAGGCAGUCACGUCUGCUCGAUAUAAUGCUACUUUAAACAACAUUGGACAUGAGGAAUUGCUUUUAAGUCUUAUUCCUGGCAAAGGAAUUCUUCCCUCUGCAGAUUUUAGUUCAAGUAUGGACAUUGACCCAACUGCCUAUGAUGUAAAAGUUUUAAAUAAGAAGGGAAAAUAUGACAUCGUUGUGGCAAACAUACUAUUGAAUCCUCUGCUUGAGUUGGCAGAUCAGAUUGUAUCCUAUGCAAAGCCUGGUGCAACUGUUGCUCUUUCCGGGAUCAUAUCUGAGCAGAUUCCUUGCAUCCUGGAAAGGUAUUCAGAAUACCUGGAGAACAUUACAGUUUCAAAGAUGGAUGACUGGGCUUGUAUGAGUGGCUUAAAGAGAUGAACAAGCAGCAGACAAAAGAAACAGAAGUUGAUUUCUAAUGUUGUGGAACUUAAAGUUCUAAUUUAUUGAUUUGAGGGCACUAAACUUUGCACAUCAUUAACUCUCUGAGCACAAUUCAUAGCAAAUGCAAGUUAUCUGCCCUACCCCGAUCCCACUUGUGAGUA